UUUUUUCUCCUUUUUUUUUUUUUUUUUUUCUCUUUAGCAGCCAAUUUUGCUGAUUUUUAGGGUUUUUCGUCGAAUUAAUCAACACUCUAUAUACAUACAAUACAAGCGGUAGAAAGCAAUUUUUUUCGGUGGAAAGCAAUUCAACACCGAGUGAGUCUAUUCGGUUCAACAUUGUAGGAUUUGGAGAGUCAAAGAUAGUUCUUAUCCAUUAUGUUUAUGUGAAUUAACUUCAUGCGACAACUAGAUCAUCGAGUGUUUCUCCAUUUGCUGGUUAAAUCUGAAGGAGAAGAUAAAGUUUGCUUAUUUGCAGCCUGCCAAAGUUGUAGGCAAAUGGAAUGUAAUAAAGAUGAAGCUGUUAGGGCCAAAACAAUUGCUGAGCAGAAGUUAGCUGAGAAGGACAUUGCUGGAGCUCAAAAAUUUGCAUUGAAGGCUCAAAAUCUGUUUCCAGGCCUUGAUGGUCUCUCUCAGUUCCUGGAGGUAGUGGCUGUUUAUGUUGCUUAUGAGAAGAAAACUGAUGGUGAAGUGGAUAUUUACGGUGUCCUUUCUGUAGAGCCCUCAGCUGAUAAUGAAACAAUUAGGAAGAAUUACAGAAGGCUCGCUCUAGCCCUUCACCCUGACAAAAACAAAUCUGUUGGGGCAGAUGGAGCAUUUAAGAUAAUAUCUGAAGCAUGGAGUUUGUUGUCCGAUAGAAAGAAAAGAAUGAUGUAUGACAACAGGCAUGCUGCGAGGAAUGCAUCCAUGCAAGGCAACCAGCAUGGAUUUCAUAAUUUCUCCGUGCACCCAGCAAAUGCAAGAUGCUCAACUAACGUUAAUGUCCAGCCUGCCCCGGUGGCUCCCCAUCCAUCAAAACCUGAGACGUUCUGGACAUUUUGCUAUCAAUGCCAGAUACGGUAUGAAUACUUUAAGAUUCACCUAAACAAAAGUAUUAUGUGCCCCAGAUGCCACCGGCCUUUUUAUGCAAGGGAGGUAGGUGCUCCCGUGAAAAAUCAAGCUUCAUCUUUCCCAUGGUUUUCCCGCCAGCAGCAGCAAGGUACAAACUAUCCUGUUGCAAAUGAAUAUUCUGCUUCAGGUGUGAAGCUCCCUACAGCUUCAAAUUCAGUAGAAACUGGAUUUUCUGGCCCUGGCUCAACAUUUAGAGCAAACAUUCAGCAGGGUCAUGUUGUUAAUAAGAGAGCUACAAAUGGUGCGAGGCCCUAUGUCACUACAGCUAGGCAAGAUGCACAAAGCGGCCAGCCAGCUGGUGGAAUAUUGAAGAGACAUCGUGCUGAAGCUGCUUCUACUAGUUCAAAAGCUGAUAAGAUGAUAAAAAAGAGACGCGCAGCUGAGGUGAAGUCUAAAUUUCAAGGUAAAGGAAAGGUAAAUGAAUUGGCUGCAAAAGGUGGAUCUAGCAGCCAAGGAAACACACAUAGAAGUGAAAGUUUGAGGGCCAAACCUAAGAGUUCAGGGGAGUUAUCGGAUUUAGAAAUUCGCAGUAUGUUGGCGAAUAAGGCUAGGAUGGAGAUCAGCAAGAAGCUUAAAGAAUGGAGUACAACUGCUGCUUCUCGAACGUCAUCUAAGAAGGAAAAAGAAGUGGAAAAGAAGAAGCAAAGUAUUAAAAGUGAUCUGAGAAGGGAUAGAACUGCUCAUGCUGUUGCGGAGGAUUCCAAAAUAUCACGCGAGCAGGAAAAUUUGCCUGUCUUUAGUGCUCCUUCUGAUUUAGAGUCAGAAGCUAAGUCAAUGACUGUUCCCGAUCCGGAUUUCCAUAAUUUUGACAAGGAUAGAACGGAAAAAUCUUUUGAUGAUAAACAAGUAUGGGCUGCUUAUGACGAUGACGAUGGCAUGACGCGUUUUUAUGCUCUGAUUCACAAAGUGAUAUCUAGAAAGCCAUUUAGUGUGCAAUUGAGCUGGUUGAACUCCAGAAACAACUCUGAACUCGGCCCAAUAGAUUGGGUUGGUUCUGGCUUCCUCAAGACCAGUGGAAAUUUCAGGAUAGGCAGGCAUGAAACCAGUAAGACGCUCAAUUCUUUCUCCCACAAGGUCAAGUGGGUGAAAGGGGCGGGAGGUGUUAUCCAAAUUUUCCCCAGAAAGGGGGAUGUUUGGGCUCUGUACAGGCAUUGGUCUCCUAAAUGGAAUGAGCUUACUCCUGAUGAUAUUAUACACAAGUAUGAUAUGGUGGAAGUGCUUGCCGACUACACUGAGAAGGAAGGUGUCCCAGUUGCUCCAUUAGUCAAAGCAGCUGGCUUCACGUCAGUAUUCCGUCGGCAUUUGGACCCUACAUAUCUUCUCCGUAUUCCAAGAGAAGAGAUGUUUCGGUUCUCUCAUCAAGUCCCUUCAUAUUUGCUCACAGGUCAAGAAGCUCCAAAUGCUCCCACUGGUUGCUGGGAGCUGGAUCCUGCAGCCCUGCCCUCAGAACUUGUUAGAGUCAUGACAGAAGCUGAAAUAGAGGCACAUGAAAAAGUUUCAGAUACUUUAAACGUAGAGAGGACAUGUGGUGAAAGCAAAGAGAAGGAGAAGUCCGAUGUGGUUGGCAACAACAAUGUGACAAAGUGUGACGAGACUCACAGGGAUUCCAAGAGUGUUUUCAAACAACCCAUGGCGACAUAUUCAAGAAAGAAGAAGGAGAAGGCAGAAGCAGGUAUCAGUGAAUCCAAGGGAGAGACAAGCUAGGCUGCUACUGAAGGCUUCUAGCCAAUGAUCAAGUAAUUUCGGUGCUUUCAGUAGUUUCAGCUCCGAACCCCUUGUUUGUUUGCUAAUGAUAGAGUAGUGUAGAUAAAGAAGACAAGGAAUCCAGCACCCAAGUGAAUGUUUGUCUUUGGUUUUUUGUGCUUCUAUAGUUUUACCAGAUCAAGAAAGAGCAAUACUGUAAAGAAACCUGAUUCAUACUGUAUAAUUCAUGUCUUUUACUUAAA